AUGUAUUUAAAGGAACUGCCGCCUUUCAAGACUCUUGAAGUUACCUUCCCUGCAGCUUACAACGUUCUUCUUGUUGAUGCUGAACUAAAUAAGAUGAUAGUGGAGACGAAGUACCAUUUGAUGAGGAACAACUCAAAAGUGGUAUUUUCGGGUACAAAUCAUGAUCCAUUCAAAACUUCUCCAUUCGCUUUCCAGGAGGUACAACGCAAAGGGUAUUUAACAAUAAUAGCUGAGGAUUGCCAUUUGAGUGGCUUUGCAAUUGCGACCAUGGCUGAUAAUUCUUACGUAAUAAACUUGGGUCAUGACACUUUCAGAGUUAGCAACUGCAAAUUCGGUUUAGAGCAUAAUGAAAAGGAAUAUGAAAAAUUUAUACAACUAAAGGAUGUUAUGGUUGAUGGAUUAGAUUCAGCAUAUUCCCCAAAACUUGGUGGUCCUUACAAAAUUCAAACAAUAGGAAUCGCAGAAGCUUUACGAUAUAAUACAUUAAGGGUCCGAGGUAAAAUAAUUCUUCAUUUGGAUAAUGUCACAACUCGACAUGAAUUUUCUGCAGAAUUAAUCGAUGUGUCUGUAAAUAUGGAACUAGAUUUGGAAGACAAGUCAAAUAGUUCAUUUAAAACCGACACUAAUGUUUCGUGGAGGAAUAUGGUUUUUUCAAUAACCAAUGACAAGUCAAUAGGAAAAAAAAUUACAAUAAACGAGAGAAUUCUAACGGAAUCUCUUAUUAGUGGAUAUUUAAUAAAUGAAAUACCUAAAUGUCUUCCAAGAAGGUUGAAUAAAUUAAACGAAAAUAUUGACAGCAGAACUCAAGAUAUGUAUUUAGGAAAUAAUGUAAACCCAAGCAGUAUGGUAGAAGACGAACCAAAUAGUACGGUUGAGGAGGAAUCAGACAGAAAGAUUGAAGAGGUAUCAAAUGACGAAAAGAAAGUAAUAACUGAAUUAAUUAUAAGGGAAGCAUUACCAGAUACAAAGAAAUUGAGUUACACAAGCCUUUCUUUUAGUGGCGAUGAUUCUAAUGAUGAUAGUGAUAAAGAUUAA